GGACCCUCGCCUGGCGCUGUACCGCGCGCGGUUGCGCCGGGACCACGACGCGUACAUCGACCGCGGCUGCUCGCUGGCCGCGGAGGCGCUGUUCGAGGCGGGGCUGGUGGACGAGGCCGAGCGGCGCAGGUUGCAGACACACCCGCGCAGGCGCGGGGAGCUGAGGAGGCUCCCGUGCGUCGUCGCCGUGCACUACUCUUGGGACUGCUUCAGGCAGCUCGUGGCGGCCGUCCAGGCCGGGCGGCGGAUCUUCGUGGGGUCGGCGCUGGUGCCCACGGGCACCCCCGAGGAGCUCGUGGACCUCGUGCGCGGCAUCCCGCGGGCGACCUACGCCGUGGACCGCGCCGUGUUCGAGCCCGAGUUUGGCCAGGAGGCGGGCGACAUCAGCGACGUCAGCGACGAGCCGCCCCCGCGGCGCGGCGGCGGCGCCCUGUGGGAGGCGGGCGAGGCGAGGCGGUCCCCCUGGAGGCGCUACGAGGGCGGGGCGGCGCAGAGCACGAUCCGGUACACCGUCGUGUACCCGUUGUCGACCCCGCUGGCGCAGAUGAGGCCGCCCUUUCUCGUCCUCGACGACCUCACCUCCUUCGUCUGCACAGAACGUCGGCCAGAUACUGCGCACUGCGUACCACCUCGGCGUGGUGUCGGUGGUGGCUUCUCGUGCAUCUUGGAGCUCGCUGCACGGUCGCGCUUGUAG